AUGUUCGCUACAAAACAUAAUCUCAAUUCAAUCGAUCCUAUCAAUCCACAGAAAUUAUUUUGUGAUGCAAUUCUCAAUGAUCUACAAACAAUAGCUGCUCAACAAUCACUUCAGAGACAUGAAAUUCCAUCAAAAUUAAUUAUUGAUUUUCAACCAUUUACAGCUGAAAAUGGACUUCUUACAUUAUCAAUGAAACUUUGUCGUUAUAAAUUAGCUGCACAUUAUGCUGAUCGAUUAAAUGAUAACAAAAUGAUUGAUGAUCGAUUGAAAAAUAUUAUUGAAAAAGUAACUGGACAACAACUAUCAAACAUGGAAAACGAUCAUUUUUUUAUAACAAUGGGUGAAGAUUCAUUAACAAGUUUGCGUCUAUCGCAUAUGAUACGUAAUGAUUUAGGAGUAUCAAUACCAUUCAAUCUUCUCUUUCAACCAAAUAUGACUCUGCAACGACUAGCUGAUUUCAUCAAAAAUCCAUCACAGAUAACUGAUUCAUCAGAAUCGAUCGUACCACGACUACUGAAAGAUGCUGAACUUGAACUAAAUAUAACGAUUGAACAAUGCAGAAAUAUUACGAAUACUCCAACAAUGGUUUUUCUUACAGGAGCUACCGGAUAUGUUGGUGGUUUUCUUUUAGCACGUAUGUUGAAAGUAUAUCCGACUAACUGUAAAUUUGUAUGUCUUGUAAGAUGUAAACCUUUGAUGGAUCCCAUAGAUCGUAUUCGGCAAAAUAUGUUGUUUCUUCAAAUAUGGAAUGAAGAUUUUCGAGAACGAAUUGUAGCUCUUCGAGGUGAUCUUGCUGAAAAUCGUUUUGGAUUAGAUAAUCAAACGUAUGAGGAUCUUGCCAAGAAAAUUAACAUAAUCUUUCAUUGUGGUGCUAUAGUGAACUUUAUACUUCCAUAUAAUCUACUUUAUGAUGCAAAUGUUUGUGGUACUCGUGAAGUAAUUCGUCUUGCUUGCCAUUCUCCCCUAUGCAUACCAAUACAAUAUAUUUCAACAAUGACUGUUCUAUCUGGUAAAAUGACGGAGGAAAUAUCUAUUGACAAUAUCCCUCCAGAUAAUUUGAAAACUGGUUAUGCACAAAGUAAAUGGGUAGCAGAAAAACUUAUCAUGAAUGCUGCACGUAUGGGUCUACCAGUUGUUAUCUACCGACUAGGUUCGAUCGGUGCACAUACUGAAACUGGCGCUUGUAAUCGACAUGAUCUCAAUACUUUAUUGAUCAGUACAAUCAUGAAAAUCGGUUAUUAUCCCGCGACGUUAGUUAACAUGAUGUUGAAAGAAUCGCCAGUUGAUUAUGCUGUACAAGAUAUCAUUUCUCUCGAUCGUAUUCAAUCUCAUGAUGACAAAAGAAUUUACCAUGUCACUAAUGAAAAUAAUGAAAUAUCAUUUCAAAACAUUAUAGAAACUAUUCGUAAUAUUGGUAUUCAAAUUGAAAGUAUUUCUUAUGAUGAAUGGCAAAAUAAAUUAUUGUCUGAAUCAAAACAGAAUAAUCAACUUGAAUCCAUUAGCGAAUUUCUCUUACAUUAUAAUACAUUUAUACAACGAAGUACAAUGACUCUCGAACAACAGUUUCAACCAACUUUAUCAUCUUUUGAUAAUGAUUAUAUUUUAAAGUGGUUAACAUUCAUAUUAAAGGGUGUGGGUGUGGAUACAAGUAUAUAA